UCCGGCAGAUCUUCUGGUGUGUAAAAUGUCUCACCAUAAAUUACAAUAAAUCAUUAAAACGAUAUUCAGAAGUCAGAAAAGCUUAAUAAAUGCCAUUAACUGUUAAAAUGUGUUCAUUUUACUCUGUAGGACAAUAAAUAAUUAUGUUUUUAAGAAAAAAUCUCUGCAACAUUCUCAAAUCAUUAAGUUUCAAGACAAGUCAUAAUUUUCGAACAUUAAAUCAAGUAAACAAUCAUUCAACAUUUCAUAAAUGGACUUUAGAUUACUUCAGAAAUCAACCACAUUACAAUAAGUUUGUAUUGAAACAAUCUAUGAUUAAUACUAAUAAUUUCGUUUACAAUCAUGUACAACUAAAAUCAAUUUCUACUGACGAAUUACUUAUAAGAUUUUCAUCCUCAAAUAUUAAAAGUCUUCUCUAUGAAAUUGAUAACGAAUUAGUAAGUAGAGUUCAUGGUAUGUCAAUAAAUCAAAUACUGGCAUUAAUGGAUGCCUGUUUAUCUGAUAAAAAUUCACUGUCAAAAGAUGCAAGUUCAUUUAGGAAAUGUUUUGAAAUAUUUGAUGAAUCGUGGUUUCGAAGACCAGAUUUGACUGUUCCUCAAACUAUACAGUUAAUUUACUAUGUUAGUAUUUAUAAAAAUAAAUCACAACGUGUUGUAGAAUUAGGAUUACAAAAAUUAUUGAAUGAAAUUAAUUAUUUAAAACAAUUAACUGAUGACGAACUUAGUUUCUUAGGUGUGGCAACAUACAAAAGUAGUUCUAAAAUUUAUGACAAGAUAUUAAGAAUAUUUGCCUUUAGAAUUGAAAAAAAUUUAGAUAAUCUUAUGCAAAACCCAAUGCAAUUGAUAUCUUUUAUUAAACCACUAAAAAAAUCCAAAUAUCAUGAUCCAAUUCUGUUAUCUAAAUUGAUCACUGCCUUUAAUAAUAAUACAAAUAAUAAAGUCUUGGCUGAUGUGAUUAGCAGCAUUCAUAUUCUCUCGUACUUUGCUGAUGCAAAUUGUAAUAAAGUUGAUUUUUUACAAUCAUUAAUCGAUUCUAUUGGAGAAAGGAUGAUCAAAGAUAGUUUAAAAAAUUAUAGAUUGAAAGAUAUAUCCAGUUAUGUAUUUUCUGCUAGUUACUUAGGUCUAACUCCAAAAGAUCCUAAUGUAUGUAAAAUAGUUGUUGACUUUUUAAAUAAAAUGUUUAAUACUAAAGAAAAAUGUAAAAAAUAUUCAAAAGUAUUAAUCGGCAUGUGUUUAUCUAUGUGGAUGUUGGACAGUAAACCAAUUAAGUUAAUGCAUUUUAUAUUUUCUGAUAUGUCUACUGCAAAUUUAAGAAUGCCUAAUGCUCAUAAACAGGAUAACAGACUUAACCUUUUAUUAAUAUGUGCAUCAAUUGAACAACCAGAUUUGAUAACAAAAUGUAAAUUAGAUCCAGAAAAAUAUUCCAUGCCUCAUGUUAAUUCACAUUUAGGCGAACGUCCAUUUUUGGUAGAAGUAUAUGAAACCUUGAAAAAAUUAUCUAAUAAAUUGAAUAUUUCAGAAAUUGAAUAUAAUUUCAGUAUACCUUUUUUGAAAAUAUUGGGUAUAAAAGUUAUAAAAAAAAAUAGUAAAAUUAUAUAUGUAGAAGUUCUUGACAAUAGUACAUGUCUGUAUGACACAGCUAUUCCUAAUGGCAUGAUGAAAUUAAAAUUUCGUCUUGAAUCAAAGUUGGAUAUCAGAGUUAUUACUGUAAACCAUAAAGAUGGAUUGAAUAGUGAAAUGUUAUUGAAAAGUCAUUUGGAAUCAUUAUUGUCUUGA